GCUCUCUUCUGCCCUAGUUGUUCUCCACCUUUUUGCCGCCAGUAAGCGGCGGUCUUCCCCCACCUCACCUCGCCGCUCCACAAAACUCAACCUCCCACCGUCCCACCUACCUCGUCCAGCCCCCUUACCUUCCGACCUCCAAUAUCAUCUGCAUAUCUUCCAUAUCUCCUUUAUUGUAAUUUUAAUUUAGAUUCUUUUGAGUUUGACUUGUCGGUUAACAAGGUUACGGAAUCUCCUGCUUAAGAUUACUCAUUUCCAUGAUUAAAUAUUUAUCGGGGGCUUUAGUCGCGGUUAUUGCUUGGCUUUACAUUGCAAAUUUAUGAGUUUGUGAAGAUAACAGUGUUAUUGCGAAUUCCGGAAUGAGUUUUGAAGGUGGCUGGUACGUCCUCGGUCAAGAUCAACAACAAAUUGGCCCUUAUACUGCUGCUGAGUUGCGGGAGCAUUAUUCAAGCGGGUAUCUUGUGGAGAGCACCCUUGUGUGGACUGAAGGGAGAACUGAUUGGCAGCCGCUAUCUUCUAUUCCUGGAUUGUUGGCGGAUAUACCUCAACAGAGCACUGGUUAUCCAACUGGUGAGACCUCUGUUAAUGAUGAAGAUGAGUUUGAGAAGUUUCAAAAGGAGGUCAAACAGGCUGAAGCAGAGAUCAAUGAUGAUCUAGACAGGCCUUCCACUCCACCAGAGGGUGAAGAAGAAUUUACUGAUGAUGAUGGUACUCAGUACAAAUGGGACAAAUCUCUUAGGGCUUGGGUUCCUCAGGAAACUGCAUCAGAAAGAAAUGAGUAUGGUUUGGAAGACAUGAUUUAUGUAGGAGAGGAUGAAGUCUUUCCAAUACCAGGGGUUGAUGAUUCUGCCAAAAAGGAAGUUGAGGAUAAUGGCAGAGUGGAUGAUUCAACGACUAUACAAGAGAGUAAGGAGUCUGAUGAAACUAAGGAAGCAACAUGCAGUAGCAAGAGAAAAUUGCCUGAGAAAAUGUCUGAAAAGAAGGAAGCCAAUAAACCUCCAGAUAGUUGGUUUGAAUUAAAAGUGAAUACUCAUGUAUAUGUGACAGGAUUGCCGGAAGAUGUUACUGUUGAUGAGAUAGUUGAAGUAUUUUCCAAGUGUGGAAUUAUAAAGGAGGAUAUAGAUACGAAAAAGCCUCGAGUAAAGAUAUAUGUUGAUAAGCAAACUGGAAAGAACAAGGGUGAUGCACUGGUAACAUAUAUGAAGGAACCAUCUGUUGAUCUAGCCAUCAAAAUUUUGGAUGGGGCACCACUACGGCUUGGUGACAAGAUUCCUAUGUCAGUUUCGCUAGCUAAGUUCGAACAGAAAGGAGACAAAUUCAUAUCCAAGCAAGCAGACAAGCAAAAGAAGAGGAAACUUCAAAAGGUCGAACAGAAGAUGCUUGGUUGGGGUGGUCGGGAUGAUGCGAAGGUGUCAAUUCCAGCUACUGUUUUGCUUCGCUAUAUGUUUACACCAGCUGAGCUAAGGGCUGAUGAAAAUCUGCGACCUGAGUUGGAGGCAGAUGUCAAGGAGGAGUGUGCUAAACUUGGCCCAGUUGAUUCAGUCAAGGUUUGUGAAAAUCAUCCACAAGGAGUUAUUUUGGUGAGAUUCAAAGACAGGAAGGAUGCCCGCAAAUGCAUUGAGAUGAUGAAUGGACGAUGGUUUGCGGGGAGACAGGUACAUGCUAGUGAGGAUGAUGGUUCUGUAAAUCAUUCUUUGGUCAGAGAUUGGAAUGGGGAAGCUGAAAGAUUGGAGAAGUUUGGCGCAGAGCUAGAAACCGAUGAUUAAGGAAGGGGAGGGUGUGGAGGGAGUGUGGGCGCAACUACCUACCCCACCCCAUGUACAAUGAAAUUAUAAAUGCUUGCUUCUACUUGGCUGAUUAUGUAAGAUUACUAAAUUUGAUACACAAAUCCUUUAGACUCUGAGAUGUUGUUUUCUUACAGACAAGUCUCCACUGCUAGCUCUCUAUUUUUGUUGCACGCCAACAUGCAUGUAAACUGAGUAGAAAACAGACCCAUCAACCUUUUUU